CAUCAUUCUAUCGUACCGCGUUGCUUUUUCACUUCGACUCAUUGUUCACACCUUACUAUAGUGUCCGCUAUGCAGCGCCUGGCAAGUUGGGUACUAGGCCUUUUGAUCUGCGUACAAUAUGCUUUGACAAGCGACGGCAUAUACAACGAGCAAUAUCUAAGGUUCAACGCAUCUAUGUGGAAUGCUAUAGCAGCUGCUCCAGGAAACGACGAAAGCCGCGCGCUUAACAAUUGCCAAAUGUUUGAUCCGACAACUCCUGGGGUUGUUCUAGCUUCCGGUCAAGAAUGCAUCUACAAUCUCCUCAACUGGAUGUUCCUGGCGAUUACAGGCUCCCCCGGCAAUUACACUGCUCUUGCACAGUCAGGAGUCAACGGAGUACAGGAGAUAGCAGGUGCCAAGAAAAGGGACGAUGAGCCUGAUUCGGAAUUCGCUUACGAGGCACGAGAUGGAGUCACAAUCACUUCGAAUCGUACACACGCAUCCGUUCGUGUUGGCGCCGAAGCUAGGAUCCGCAGAUCGACUCCGUUGGACACGGAUGGUCAAUAUUUCAACUUUGCGGCUGUUGACGGCCUUAAAGUUGAGGCGUACAAUGUCGUCGGCAGUUUGAGUAGAGCUCAGACAGUUGACCUUACACACUACCUGAAUGCUUUCGCUUUUAAUGCAUUCGAAUACAGCGAUUCCUGGAGUUUCGCUCUGUGCUCUUUAACCUACGAGCCGUUAGUCUACGGUCGUAUAAUCGCUGAGGGAUCAGCACCAGGCACGAACUUUGAACCAAUCAUUAUGAUUAAUUGCGCAAAAGAGAUUCCACCUCGAUCGAGCAUUCCAAGUUCACCGGCAAGCCCCCUAACCUCUACAGCGACUCAGCCGAGCUUUACGUCCUCCGGGACGAUCGUAUCAGCUUCCCUUAUAGGUUCUGUGCCAACGAGCAAUCGAUCUGCGACUUCUACCACUACCACAUGCGGGGUGUCAUCGGCUGCGACUUAGCUGCUACGAACAGCUCGGAAUGCGUAUCCUCCUAUCAAUUAACUUCACUAGCUCAUCUAUAGACGAUUUUGUUUAGCUAGCCUUAGUCACUCAUUCAACGUUACUAGUCCUUUGCAAACAGGCGCAACUAGG